AUGGUAUCAGCUGGCCGCCGUGGAGACGCUGCGGGGCACGUGAGCCGCCGCAGCUCGUUGGAGGAGCUCCUGGAUAAAAGCGGAAAGACCGAGGAGCAGCAAAAAGAAGAAACGCCAAGGGACGGAGAGAGCUCUGUGAAAACUCCUGCACCGUCUAGGCAUCAGGACAAGUAUGGCAUCAAGAAGAAGGAGGAGAAGGAAGCCGAGGCGGCCGCUGCCAUGGAGCAGGCCUCAGAGGGCAGCCUUACCCGCCCUAAAAAGGCCGUCCCCACCGGCUGCGGCGAUGAGGAGGAAGAGGAGAGCAUCGUGGAUACUGUCAUGAAAUUCAUCCCAGCCCCUCUGAUGGAUAUGUUCAAUAAAAAGUAACAGGGUUUUGCUUGGAAAUAUGGUUAACUUCUUACAAAAUCCUUCUAAUUAAUGCUGUACCAGCCUCUCCCACUCCAACCUGCCGUCACACUCUUCUUCACACUUGUCCAGUCCCAUC